UAAUUAUUGAAGUCAAUGCCUGUUGAUCUUAAUUUCUCGUUAGUCGUUAGUUAUAACUCCACCCAGUCGGAUCGUAAUAUUUACCUUAAAAAGAUCAUAUUGACAAUGAAGGAGUCUGUUGCUGUCCCUCCUAAACGUUAUCUAUGGUGCAUUCCCAUUUUCUGCCUUUUAAUUUUGUGGAACAUGAUGCCCCACGAAGUAAAUGAACAGUUUAAUACAUACAAUAAGGAGAGCAAAAAACGAUUUUACGUAAAUAGCCCAAAAUGUCAAAUACCCUACGUGGAGCCCUAUAAUUCUGAGUUCAUGCAAGUUUACAAACCAAAAAACUUUAGACCCUGCUCCAAUCAAAGUGAUCUCAUUACGGUGCAAUUCGAUAAAAUGUUUAAUCAAUAUGUGGUACAUAUUAAUGAGGAAGUGCUUCAUAAGCUGUCCCAGUCGAAAAGUAAUGACUUUUCUUGCUUUUACCAGAAAAUUGUAUACGGUCAAUCACCGGAUCGCUACGAUAAGAAGGGGAACAAAACCAAACUCACUCAGGACUAUUUUGUGCCCUUGGAUGUCGAAGGGAUGUUGGUGGACUGUAGGACAGCGGACAAUAAGAGACUCCUGCAAAAGGACGCUUUUAUGUUUAUACAAUACAAAGAGACUCCUCAGAUUUUAAAGCCAGAUCGAAAGGCCAGUGUAAUCAUGUACGGUAUAGAUACCGUGUCACGCACAAGUCUUCGUAGGAUGAUGCCGAUGGUAUACGAGUUCCUACAGUCGCCAGGGUGGUACGAAAUGAUGGGUUACAACAAGGUGGCUGAUAAUUCCUUCCCUAACAUAUUCCCUAUGCUAACUGGCUUUUCCCCGGAGACGGCUGCAACUCAGGUUUGCAACACAAGUCAGGAAGGAUGUUUGGACAAUAUACCCUUCAUAUGGAAGGACAUGAAAAAAAGAGGAUAUUUGACCGCCUAUGCUGAAGAUUCGCUAAAUAUAAACACCUUCAAUUAUUUAAAACCAGGCUUUUCCUACAGGCCAACGGACUUCUAUUUCCGUCCUUUUUUAAACGCCCUAGAAAAAGAAACUAUGAUCCAAUAUUGCCGGGAUUGUAAACUGAAAUACUGUUUGGGUCGUCGACUGGCCAAUAGCUAUAUCUUUGACUACUGCCGACAGUUUAUGCAGCGAUUCGUGGCCGAUCGUCCCAUUUGGGGUAUGUUUUGGUCAAAUCACUUCAGUCACGAUGACAUCUUUAUGCUCUCUGCCAUGCAGCAUAAGGUCUUAAACGACUUGCUCAAUUUUGAGAAAGAUGGGGCUUUUGAGCAUACUAUAAUGAUCUUCUUCUCCGAUCAUGGAGCUCGCUUCGGUCCUCUGAUGCGCUUGAUGGAAUCAUUUUUGGAGGAACGACUACCCAUGAUGUUCAUUUACCUACCACCCUGGUUCCGGGCUAAGUAUCCCCAAUACGUCGAGGCUCUGUCCUUAAACCAGAAUCGACUGAGCUCAAACUUCGACAUUUACAACACCUUGAAGCACAUCCUACAGAUUGAGAAUGUCGUAGAAAAAACAAAAUGGUCAUACGACUGCCCCCAGUGUCAGUCCCUCUUUUACCCUCUGCCCGAGAAUCGCAGCUGUUCGGAGGCUGCCAUAGCGGAGCCCUUCUGUGCUUGCCACAACUACGAGGAAAUCAAGGAGGAACCAUGGACCUGGCGCAUGGCCGAUCUGGUGGUGGAUCGCAUCAACAAGUACCUCCAAGUUAACAAUCUGCUGGAUCGAUGUAGCAAUCUUACUCUAAAAGUAGUUAACAUCACUGAAGAAAGAAUAUUAGAGCUCGGUGAAGACGUAAACGUAGCAAAGGGAAUGCGACAUUACCACACUAAAUUCCAGGUAAAUCAAAAUAUGGCAGAAUUUUUUGCUACCACUCUCUACGAUAAAGAAACCGAGGAGCUCGAAAUCAAUGUGGAACUUAUUGGUCGAUAUAAUAAGUAUGGUCCCGAUGCGGAGUGUCUAGACAAUAAGAUCCAAAAGUUGUAUUGCAUAUGCCUAUCAAAGAUAUGGACAUACAAAUAGCAUCGUUUAUUCAGUCAUUAAGCAUCGCUCUCAAAAAUAAAACCCUAUUUCUGCAUCAAUUCAAAUGUUUACUGAACCACUUAACAUUAAAUUCUUAUAUAAUUUUACAAAAAAUGUUUAAUACAUAUUCAUUUGAUUCCCGUAUAGUUUAAAUGUUUAAUGGGUUUAAGACAUUUUGUUGUUCCCCAAAAUCUGACCUAAUCUAAACUAACAGAGCGUUCAUCAUUAGCGUUCAAUAACCAUUCGCGGUUCC